CAUCUCUAUUUGCCACGUUCGCUCUUGUUCAUUCACAUUUUACUUGGAGUCGGUAACGUUGAGUUCCGCGUCCGUGCGUUCUGCCUUCCAACAGAAAGUCUGGGUGUGAAUUUACCAAGAUUCCACAGACACCCAAGUUAUCAAACUGGAUUUGGUCAAAGGAGAGUAAACUAGGCCGGAUUUUUUGGAUUUUACAGUACCUGUACUGUAAACGACUUGGAACGAAAAAGGACUUUUCUCUUUUUUUAAGUAAUGCAAGCAGCAGCAGUGAUGGAGGAAACUAACAACGCAACUACCAUCGAGCAGCAGCCCAUCGCUCUCAUCAAUGGCCAAGAGCAGGUGGCCAAUGAGCAGCAACCAUCGUCGCCCACUUUGGUGGCCACGCCCACUAGCACCACUAGCGGCGGAACUGGCAACGCCACACCCGCCUUUAGCUACGACGACCUGUUUCCGGCCCUGCCGGCCAACACCUCGGCUCAAUCGCAAUCCGGAGCUUCUGGUUCGACGCUAGCUCGUGUGACGAGCUCCCAAAAAACGCACAUUGUGCAUGUGCCCUGCAAGGAGCGCAAGUCCACGGAGUCGGAGAAGUUCGGCGAGGGCGAGUCGAAGCGAAUUUGCCAGCAGAUCACCAAGGAGACAGGAGCCCAGAUCGAGAUUGUGAGCGGCAAGAACCAGUCGCUGACCUUCCUCAUUAAGGGCAAGCAGAGCGAGCUGCUCGAUGCCCGCCGUAAGAUUCUUAUGGGCUUCUCCACGCAGGCCAGUCGGCAGGUGACCGUUCCUCGGGAGCAUUUCCGCGUCAUCCUCGGCAAGGGUGGCCAACGUCUGCGUGAACUCGAGCGAGUUACUGCGACGCGCAUUAACAUCCCAAGCCAGGGCGAUGAGAGCGAGUUCAUCACGAUUGCCGGAACAAAGGAGGGUAUUGCCCAGGCCGAGCAGGAGAUCCGUCAGCUGUCAGCCGAGCAGUACAAGAAGUCGUCGGAUCGCAUCACGGUGCCCAAAGUUUACCAUCCCUUCAUCGUGGGCCCCUACAGCGAGAACCUUAAUAAGCUGCAGGAGGAGACUGGCGCUAGGAUUAACGUGCCGCCGCAGCAGGUUCAGAAGGAUGAGAUCAUCAUCUCGGGCGAGAAGGACGCGGUCGCAGCGGCUAAGGCCAAGGUGGAGGCUAUCUUCAAGGAUAUGGAAAAGAAGUGCUCUACGGUCAGUGUGGAGGUAGCUAAGCCGAAGCACCGCUAUGUCAUCGGUCCCAAGGGCUCCACCAUCGCCGAGAUUCUGCAGUUGACCGGUGUGUCUGUGGAGAUGCCGCCCAACGACUCCCCCUCGGAGACGAUCACUCUGCGUGGACCGCAGGUGGCCUUGGGAAAUGCCCUAACCGUUGUCUAUCAAAAGUCUAACUCGGUGAAAUCUGUGGAGAUCAAUGCACCGCACUGGAUCCACAAGUAUGUGAUCGGUCGCAAGGGCGCCAACAUGAAGCAGCUGGAGGAGGACUGCCCUAACGUGAACGUAAAUUGCCUGGAGGACAAGAUCAAGCUAGAGGGAGAUCCCGAGAACGUUGACAGGGCUGUAGCCUACUUGUCCGAAAUCAUCAACAACUACGAGGAGAACUUCACGUUCGAGGUCAUGACUGUUAAUCCUUCGUACUACAAGCACAUUAUCGGUAAGGCUGGAGCCAAUGUGAAUCGCCUGAAGGAUGAGCUGAAGGUUAACAUUAACUUCGAGGAGCGUGAGGGCCAAAACAACAUCCGUAUCGAGGGACCCAAGGAGGGAGUACGGCAGGCACAGCUUGAAUUACAAGAAAAAAUCGACAAACUGGAAAACGAAAAAUCGAAGGAUGUGAUUAUCGACCGCCGUCUCCAUCGUUCCAUUAUCGGAGCUAAGGGCGAGAAGAUUCGCGAGGUGAAGGACCGCUACCGUCAGGUUACAAUCACGAUACCAACGCCCCAGGAGAACACCGAUAUUGUAAAGCUCCGCGGUCCAAAGGAAGAUGUGGACAAGUGCCACAAGGAUCUGCUCAAACUGGUCAAGGAGAUCCAGGAAUCCUCGCACAUUAUCGAGGUGCCCAUCUUUAAGCAGUUCCACAAAUUCAUUAUCGGCAAGGGUGGCGCUAACAUCAAGAAGAUCCGUGAUGAGACCCAGACCAAAAUUGAUCUGCCUGCCGAGGGUGACACCAACGAAGUGAUCGUCAUCACCGGCAAGAAGGAGAACGUGCUCGAGGCCAAGGAACGUAUCCAAAAGAUUCAGAACGAGCUUUCCGACAUUGUUACUGAGGAGGUGCAAAUCCCGCCCAAGUACUACCACUCAAUCAUCGGCGCUGGCGGCAAACUCAUCUCCUCGAUCAUGGAGGAAUGCGGUGGUGUGUCUAUCAAGUUCCCCAAUAGCGACUCCAAGAGCGAUAAGGUGACUAUUCGCGGUCCCAAGGACGAUGUGGAGAAGGCUAAGGGUCAGCUGUUGGAGCUGACCAACGAACGGCAGUUGGCUUCCUUUACCGCCGAAGUGCGCGCCAAGCAGCAGCAUCACAAGUUCCUGAUCGGCAAGAAUGGCGCUUCUAUCCGUCAGAUUCGCGAUGCCACUGGUGCCCGCAUUAUCUUCCCCUCAAACGACGAUACUGACAAGGAGGUGAUCACCAUAAUUGGCAAGGAAGACAGCGUGAACAAGGCCCGUGAGAAGCUGGAGGCGAUCAUCAAGGAGUGCGACGAAGUAACCGAAGGUGAGGUGUCUGUCGAUCCCAAACACCACAAGCACUUUGUGGCCAAGCGUGGCUUCAUCCUGCACCGCAUUUCCGAGGAGUGCGGUGGCGUGAUGAUCUCUUUCCCCCGUGUCGGUACCAACUCCGAUAAGGUGACGAUCAAGGGUGCCAAGGACUGUAUCGAAGCGGCCCGCCAGCGCAUCGAGGAGAUCGUCGCCGAUCUGGAAGCGCAGGUCACCAUCGAGGUGGUGAUUCCUCAGCGGCAUCAUCGCACCAUUAUGGGCGCACGUGGCUUUAAGGUUCAACAAGUCACCUUCGAGUUCGAUGUGCAGAUCAAGUUCCCUGAUCGUGAUGCCACCGAACCCGUCGAGGUUUUGACCAACGGAGGCAGCGGCGAGAAUGGAGGUGAGGAAGGCCAGGAAGGAGAGCAGCAAGCCGAGAAGGAAGCCGAGCAGGAGCCAGUUCGUCAGUGCGAUGUUAUUCGAAUCACGGGAAGUAUUGAGAAGUGUGAGGCCGCCAAGCAGGCUCUUCUUGAUCUUAUCCCCAUCGAAGAGGAGUUGUCGGUGCCUUUCGACCUCCAUCGUACCAUCAUCGGACCACGUGGUGCCAAUGUUCGUCAGUUUAUGUCCAAGCACGAUGUGCACGUGGAGCUCCCGUCUAGUGAGCUAAAGUCGGAUGUGAUCAAGGUCUGCGGUACGCCCGCUCGCGUCGCCGAAGCCCGCGAAGCGCUGAAGCAAAUGAUUGUGGAUUACGAGGCUGAUAGGGCCGAUCGUGAGCUCCGCUCCUUUGUUGUCCAGGUGGACGUAGAUACGGAGUUCCACUCGAAGCUCAUUGGUCGUCAUGGCGCUGUGAUUAACAAGCUGCGUGCCGAUCACGACGUCAACAUUUCGCUGCCUAAGCGGAAUGAACCCAAUGACCGCAUCAUCUCUAUCACCGGCUACCAGGCCAAUGCGGAGGCAGCUCGCGAUGCCAUCCUGGAGAUUGUUGGUGACGCCGAUUCCCUUCAUCGCGAAGUUAUUGAGAUCGAUAAAUGCAUCCACCCCCACAUCAUUGGUCAGCGUCGACGCUACAUUCGCAAGAUCAUGGAGGAUUAUCAGGUGAACAUCAAGUUCCCACCGGCCGACCAGCAAACUAACUCUGUGACCAUCUUUGGCAAGAUAGAAGACGUUGAAACCGUCAAGGAGUUGCUGUUAGGCAUAGCUGAGGACUACGGGAGUGAGUUCUUGGAGAACGCGGCGCUACCGCCGCAGACGAUUGGUGCCUUCCUAACUAGUUCAGGAUCCGGCGUCGGAGGUGCCACCGAGAACGGAUUCGUCAUCAAAGACGCACCGUGGGAGAAGCAGAAGCAGGCCAAAAACCUGACCGCGCCCAACACUCAGUCGCAGGAGGACUUCCCGCACUUCGCUGCUGGCGGGGCUCCGGUGGCCUCCGCGCCGAUCACCUCAGUGUGGGGCCCCAAGAACUAAGUGCAUCGGGCCGAGUGUCCCGAUCGCCAGCAGUAGCAGCAAUACUACAAGUCGGGGUGCGCCGGGGAUCGGAGCUGGAGAUGGACAAGGAGCUGGAACUGGAACUGGAUUAUCGGGCAGUGAGCGGCAGAGCAGCGGCAGUCAUGCGGACAUCUCUUUAGUCGAAAACUAGUGUCAAAAAUAACGGUAUAGGUUGUCUCCCAGGAGCUUUUCUACAACGCAAUUUGUGCAGGUUAAUAGAAAACGAGAAUAACAAAGCAAGCAACUAUUUUUGUAUGAUUUGAUACAGGAUCAAUCAAACACAAAAACCAAACAUAAAACCCUCACACACAACGACACAUACACAUGCUCACACAUAUGAAAUUGCAUUUAUACAACAUAUAGAAUACGAGAAUCGAAACAGACAAUUGACUCACGCCCCCAGUUCCGUUCCCCGAUGUGUUGGCCAAACCCCGGCCACUUUAUACAUAAAACACUUAAUUGCCAAUUUCUUUUUAUAUAACCAUUCUUCAUUGCAACAAAUAAUAUUCUAAUUAGUUGAAGCUCCCUAAAAGUAAGCAGAAAGUUCAGCAAAUGGUUUGUUAAUUGAAUUAAAACUGACUAGCGAAAAACGUUCAAGAACGAAAGUAAUUGUAAGCAUAAAAUGUUAAUUAAUUACAUUUACCUUCUAUCUCCCCCGUUUUGAUUAUACCAUACUCAUAUUUUUCGUAUUUGGAAUUUCCAUUUACCCCCUUCCCAAUUAAGUGAUUAUUAUGAUUUAUGCGAAAGUAAAUGUUAAAUGAACGUUGAUUGUAUUGUAAAAACGUUUCUUACGUUGCGGGCCGAGAGUGGAAGUGGAGAUGGCGAUUUAUUUAAACAGUAAAUAUACACCUUACUUACAUCUAUUAACUAUAUUUCCCAGUCGCCUGCUCCUGCUCCCUAAUCCUCCAGAUUUCUGCCUUCUCUCAUACACACAGCCAUGAUACAGAACCCGAAAAACAAACACCGACUCUGUUCACAUUUCAAAAUGAGUAUCGACAUUUUAAUUUUGUGCAAUCCCCUUGAUUUAUAUUAAAUUGUUUUCGACUUAUGUUUUUCUCCUAAAUAAUUUUCUUUGCGUCGCGGUGUAAAAAAUAUCAAAAAGCAAGUAAAAGAUUUGGAACUCUU